GCAGGUAUAUAUAUAUAGAAGGAGUCCUAAAUUCAUAGGAGAUACCUACCAUCGACAGUAUUGAUGGACCAGGGACGCCAUCCUUAUGCAUAUCGGGCACCUCGCCCACCCGUGCCCCCCAUGACCACGCCCACUGAUUCGACGCCAGUAUAUACUGCGGCAUGGCCACACCACCCAGACGGGCCUUAUAGACCAUUGUUGCCGGGUAUGGUGGCCGUGCCCACGUCAGAUCACGGGCAGACCAGCACAGCUGGAGUUGGCAGCUCUCCAUUGUCGGAGCCGCCGACAUUAUCUCAGUUAGGGUUCACCCAACCGGGUAACGCCUAUCGAUGGUGGAUGCGAGAGGGGAUGGGUCAACAGGGUCAUGCGCCGUACUAUCCGUUUACGUAUAGUGUACCGUCGACGUGUAACCCUGAUAGUGAGACGCAGGAUGGUAGAUUUCCACUGUCACAGACCGGGGAGAUGCAGAUGCCGGCUGUGGGGUUCGGACAGAUACCGGCACAGGCGGCGAUGCAGGGCCAGAUUUUGGGGCCGAGACAGAUGCCAGCAUCGGGGGCGAGUCAGGGCCCGGGGCAUGUAGAUAGGCAGAUGCCGCUUUCCGGUGAGAGUCAGAUGCCGCUUUCUGGUGAGAGUCAGAUGCCAGAUGUGGGGGGGAGCCAGACUAUCCACGAGGAGGACGUUGCGAUGUUGGGUACCGAUCAGUUGGCCCCCGGUAGCCCCCAGGGUAUGGAUUCAGAUGAUGAUCAGCAUCAUCCACCAGCCGGAGAGGUUGGCGAGGAGGUUGCAGGCGACCCAACGACGUAG